UCUCUCGCUCUCUCCGCUGCUGUAGCUGGACCCUUCGCCUUCGCCGCCGCUCAGCAUCUGCACAUCUCUACAAUGGCUAAAACGGCAAUGGCCUACAAGGAAAAAAUGAAGGAGCUGUCCAUGCUGUCACUGAUCUGCUCUUGCUUUUACCCGGAACCACGCAACAUCAACAUCUACACCUAUGAUGAUAUGGAAGUGAAGCAAAUCAACAAACGUGCCUCUGGCCAGGCUUUUGAGCUGAUCUUGAAACCACCAUCUCCCAUCUCCGAAGCGCCCCGAACUUUAGCUUCUCCAAAGAAGAAAGACCUGUCCCUGGAGGAGAUCCAGAAGAAACUGGAUGCCGCAGAGGAAAGAAGGAAGUCUCAGGAGGCCCAGGUGCUGAAACAAUUGGCAGAGAAGAGGGAACACGAGCGAGAAGUCCUUCAGAAGGCCUUGGAGGAAAACAACAACUUCAGCAAAAUGGCGGAGGAAAAGCUGAUCCUGAAAAUGGAACAAAUUAAGGAAAACCGUGAGGCUAAUCUAGCUGCUAUUAUUGAACGUCUGCAGGAAAAGGAGAGGCAUGCUGCGGAGGUGCGCAGGAACAAGGAACUCCAGGUUGAACUGUCUGGCUGAAGCGAUGGAGGGUAUGGCACGCCCCACCAUUAGUAAAUCCCCCUGCCUAUAUUAUAAUGGAUCAUGCGAUAUCAGUAUGGGAAAUGUAUGACAUGGUUUAAAAAGAACUCAUUAUAAAAAACAAAAAACAGAAUCAAAAAUAAAAAAAAAAUCAAUGCGGUCUCUUUGCAGAAUGUUUUGCUUGAUGUUUAAAAAAUACCUUGGAUCUUAUUUUGUAAAUACUUACAUUUUUGUUAAAAAAUACAAGUAUUGCAUUAUGCAAGUUAUUUCAUAAUCUUACAUGUCCUGUAACAGGCUUUUGAUGUUGUGUCUUUCCACUCAAAUGAAUUUGCUAGGUCUGUUCUUUUUGAAGCUCCCCACGUCUAACUCCAUCCCCUGCCUUUUCCAUUCCAACAGAAAAAUGAGGUCAGUAGACAGUCUAUGGUGCUAGAAACCCACCAUUGCCUAAUGACCUAGACGGCUUUGUCAUCUCUGAACUUGACUAAGACCAUACCUAGAUCACAGGUGUUGUGACUCCACACGAACCUCCACAUUUGUUCGCUCAUAAUCUACUAACUGCCUAGAAACCACAAAACCAGGCUAAGGAAAACCAUCCAUCAUAGCGUUUACUUCUGCUUCCACUGGAUUAUGUGCUGCAAAUGUGCUUUGACAUUAGAAAGGGAUGGAUGGGAAGACAGAUCUGAGAUCGAUCGGGGUAGAAGCAAAAAGCUGGACCUUUUCACGUGCUGAACACAGAUCCAGGUGCAAACGGUUCAAGCAGCCACGAAAUCGCUCUUUAUGAAGUGGGCUUAAUUCUCUAGUUUAAGUUCUUUUGAUGGAAUGAAUUAAUUAAUGUGUCAGGUGGCUUAUUUGUGGAUGCCAUGAUUGAUGAUGUUCAUUUUAAGCUCUUACCUAUAGUACAAGUACAUGAUGCUACUGAAUAUUUUUCCACUUGGAAACUGUGAGCUGGUUGUCGCAUUCAAACACACACGCGAAAUCAAAAACACUGCGGACUUUCACUCAAGCUGGUCUUUCUUCCCCAGUGUGAGGCAAUCCUGCCUAUUAAAAAAAAAAAUCACUCCAUCUGUGAGGGCUGACUCAGUUAAGGGGGCUAGGCAGGGCAUUUGUGCCAACUAAGAAUCACCAGAUCCCCACCAUAAAUACCUAUCGCAGUUUUGAAGUCGUUUCUUCCCCCCAACUCCCAACUCCCGAAGGUUGCUGCCUGCAUAUUUACUCUCCAUUAGUGCUAUUUUCCUGUAUGUCAUUGUGAGCAAGCUGUG